AUGUCCGCCACCGUUGAUUCGUCAAGAAAACCAUCGAUGGCCGAGAGACGUCCAUCGAUGGCCGAGCGCAGACCGUCGGUGCAAACAGGAAGACGGCCCUCUGUGAUUCCGCAUCUCGCCGGAAUCGAGGAUCCUGUGCUUCCCACUAUUCCGGACCAGUGCGACGUGCUAAUUUGCGGAACAGGGCUCGUCGAGUCCAUUCUCGCCGCGGCGCUCGCCUGGCAGGGUUCCAACGUCCUUCACGUCGACUCCAACCCUUACUACGGCGACACCUCGUCCACCCUCACGAUCGAGCAGAUCAAGGCUUGGUGUGCCAAUGUCAACCUCAACACUCCGGGCUUCCAGGGCUUUUCCAAAGCGCUCCUCUACAUCCCGCGUCCCGAUCAAUUGAACAGCAGAGACUACAGCAUUGACCUGACUCCGCGGAUCAUGUUUGUCAAGUCCGAUCUACUUUCGUUGCUCAUCAAGUCUAGAGUGUACAGAUACCUCGAGUUCCAGUCCAUCAGCAACUUCCACACUUUCGAGAACGACUCGUUCGGAAAAAUGUCUUCCUCCAAGGAAGAGAUCUUCACCGACCAGUCGUUGUCGCUGGCAACCAAAAGACAGCUGAUGAAAUUCAUGAAGUUUGUUUUGGAGUCAGAGACCGCUCAAAUUGCCAAGGAAUUGGAACAAUAUAAAUCAACGCCAUUCACCGAAUUCAUCAAGGAAAAAUACAAGCUGACACCUGCGCAGAUUAACGAACUAUGUUAUACACUAGGGUUGUCUCCCACGCCUAAUAUUCUCACUAUAGAAGGUAUCUCUAGAAUUAGAAGGUACCUGUCGUCAUUCGACGUGUACGGCACUUUCCCAGUGCUGUACUCCAAGUUUGGAGGACCCGGAGAACUUUCACAAGGAUUCUGUCGAUCUGCUGCUGUGGCAGGUGCAACUUACAAGCUGGACUCGCAAUUGCAAUCCUAUGACAGCAACAACAAGAUCGCCACGUUUAUGGAUGGCAGCAAGGUGAAAGUCACCGAACGACUGGUUUGCUCUCCAUCACAGGCUCCUGCUAAUGCACAGAACGUUCCUGAAAGGAAGUAUGAGGUGACACGCCUGAUCACCAUUGUCAAGAAAUCCUGCAAGGAAUGGUUUUUCGAGGGAGAGUCUGCUGCUGUGGUGGUUUUCCCUCCAGAAACGCUUCCUUCCCACAACGUGUACCCGGUGCAGGUGAUAAUCAUGGGAUCGGGGUCAGGAUGUUGUCCUCAGGGUCAGUGCAUAUGGUACUUGUCGACUGUCGAGAAGGGCGAAAAAGCCAGGCGCGAUUUGGAAGAAGCGUUGGCCAAGCUAGAGGAAAGCAUAUUGCGAGAAUCGGAAGACGGUGGAUUCGAUGUGGAGUUGACCGACGAAGAUGUGGUUUCCAGACCAGAUGGAAGCAUCUCAGUCAUUAAUUCCGUCAAACUGGGAAAAUCGUUCAAGGAGUUUGUUCCCCAAGAGAAACUGACGUACUUGUUCAAGCUGAUGUUUACUCAAUACACUUCCGUGGAGCCGUUUGGGGUGGUGAACGAAAACGUUUUCAAGAAGACCUUCAAAGAAGGAACAGAGAACAGCGUUGAUUACCAGAUUCUUUACUCGAACAUGCCUUCUGCCGAGAUUUCUUACGACGGAAUAGUCACCGAAGCCAAGCUGUUGUACAGCACAAUUGUUGGCUCCGACGACGACUUUUUCGACGUGGACUUUGAGGACGACGAGGAAGACACGCUAGCAGCCGCGCGAAACGACUCUGCGAUCGUGGACGACGACGACGAAUUCAAAGACGAGAUGGAUUUCGAACUAUAG